ACCUCCCUUCUACACAGCCCAGGGGAUGUCAGCCAUGAGACUGCUCAUCCUGGUCUUGCUUGGGACCUGCUGUCUCACCGCAUGCACCGUGGAAGGUGUGGGGAGUGAAGUCCUAGAAAAGAGCAUCUGUGUGAGUCUAACAACCCGGCGGCUGCCAAUCAAACACAUCAAGACCUACACCAUCAAGGAGGGCUCCAUGAAGGCAGUCAUAUUUAUUACCAAACGUGGCCUUAAAGUCUGUGCUGAUCCACAAGUCGAGUGGGUGAAAAAAGCGAUUAAAACUGUGAACAACUCUGCCAGGAGGAACGUGAAGCAGACCAAGCCUACGGGCGCCUCCCAGCCCACCCAUACAGCCGUGACCCUGACCGGGUAGCGGCCGCCCAGCCCUCGCACCCGCCCCGGCGGCCCACUCCUGCCCUCUACAAACUCAUGCACUGAUUCGACUCCAUUCACUUCUUGGAAGGUGCUGCCUGAGUCAAGUGAUUUCCUUGUAUUUUUAUUUUUCAUUCCUUUCUAUUCAUUUAGAUGCUCUAAUUAAUAAAUAUUUAUUACUAAGAAGAGUCCCGAAGUC